GUCGGGGGAUUUGAAAUGACAGAGUGUAACGUGUGGCCCUCCCGUUUCUCCACAGCCUCCAUCACCGACGACAAGGGGAGGAGGAGCUGCCUUCGACUCAAAGUCUUCGUCCGGCCUCAGAACAAUUGUGUGAAAAACUCCGGGAGCGUUCAGGAAGGAGUCGAGUUCGACGACAACAACCACAACUCACUGGAACCCAGAGACGGAAUCAGCCACGAGUCUCCGGAGCCGGCCCGGAGGGACGUCAACUCCGCUGGUCGACGCCCCACCUCGGUGCUCCUUCUCAGCUCCGCCCUCAUCCUCCUGGCGGCCAUCUUGUCCUUAUAGCACCUGGUCUGAGGAAUCGCCAUCCCUCCCCCACUCCAUCCCCCGCCCCUCUCCAGGAAUGGACUGUCCUGAUUGGACCACAGGCCGCCCUACCCCCCAACCCCUCUCCCCUGAAGGAGCACUUUUCAAAACAAAACAAAAAAAGAAUAUAAAAAUUUAAAAUAAAACACUGAGUCUCUCUCGGGGGAAACGAGAGACGACGGGACUUCGACGCCGAAGCCGUUGUUGUUUUUUGACUUUUUGGAAAAUGCCAACUAGUUCGAUUCCGGACUUUGCGGCUCCCGGGUGCGAAGGUGGUCGCGCCGCGAGCUGAAAGAGUCUCUGACCUGUUCGCCUUGCUGCUGUUCACAGAUGUUACACAUGUAUCUGUGUCCAAGAGAAGCACACGUACACAAACACACACACACACACACAUUAAAACACAAUCAGUUCCCAGUUCACAGCAGGAUCAAGAGUUUACAGACGUUUGACAUUUGUGUGUUCAGAACCCCCCUCCCCCCCCCCCCCCCCGCCCAACAUGUAACAUGAUUAAAUCUCACAUCAAAUCAGAGAGAAGGUUUUUUUAAAGAAGAGGAAACACAAUGAGGAUGCUGCUGCCGAGGCGUUUGAUGACUUAACCUUCCUCUCAGGUUAGAAACAGACGAUGGAGAGAGUUAAAAAAAAAGAAAGAAUUAAAAAGAAGUUUGAAGAAGCACUCAUCUGUUAGUGGUUGUUUAGGGGCGAUUUAAUGAUGGAUUAAUGUAUUUGUUUGUUUUUCUUUCUUUUGAUAAAUCACAUAAUUCAAGUGUAGCAGCCAACUCGGGUGUACAGUAAACUAUUUGAACAGAGUGUAGAAGUGGAUUUGGUGAUUUUGCCAGGCGAAAUGUAUUUUCCUAUUUAUUGUGAAGUCCUCGUGCUUUUUUCUGUUUUCUGGUUCUAGUCUGUUCGUACAAAGUAGAAAGGCAAUAAAAAAAAAAACAACACUUAAUCCAUUACAGUUAGUUCACGUUACACAACGUUCAUUUGAUACAAUCGCACAGAAACAGGUUGUGUAUCUGCUCCCGUCGAUUGUUCUCGAUGGAUUCUAAUUGUUUUUGUUUUUGUUUUUUUUAACCAAGUCCAGGAAGAAAAAAGAGCCGUCUGAUGUGCAUCAGGGUGUAGAAGUGGUAGAAUGUUUGUGUUUUUGUCAUUAAUGAAUGUCACAAAUGUCGUUUUUACUAUUACACUAUUGCUUUUGUGAAUCACUGUCAUAACACAACUGUUGUAUAUAUAGAGGCAAAUUUCCUACAAAGUUCAGGGAUGUGUCCGUGAUUAACAUGAGGUUUAAAAGAUGAUUUUAGUCUUUUGGUUUUUUUUUUAACGGAGGGGGGUUUCGUCUCCUCCUCCUCCGGGGGGGCAGCACAAGUCUCCUGAAGCUGGAGAUGUUUGCGUGGGACAGGGAGCGGGUUGUAGAGCAUGUGGCGACGGCGGCGUGUGGGGGGGGGGGGGGGGGGGUUGCGUUUCUUUGAUGUCAUGUAAAGCGGCGUCUGUACAGAAGAUACACCAGGGGCCACCUCGGUUAUUUCUGGGAUGAAACAUCGACCAGCGGGGGGGAGAUGGGCCAGACAGAGCGAGGUGUCCGGUUCUCCCCUGGACGGAGCGAAACCGAGACCCGAGACUGGGGGGGGGGGGGAAGAGGAGGAGAAACGUGGAGCUGCGUGUUGCUCCUGCUCCGAUCGAUACUCAUGUUCUCCUCCUCCUCCUUCUUCUUCUUCUUCUUCUUCUUUGUGCUUUUUUGUUUUAAAGACCAGAUGCAGCACUGUUACCUUCACAUGCACUCACUGCCAAACACAACCUGCUCGUCUGCAACACAACACAACACACACGUAGCUCCCGCUCAUUUCACUGUGCACAGCAGUUUAGGGCCACUUCUGUGAGGAAACGUCUUAGACUGAGAUUAAAUCAUCUUUUUGAUUUAAGAAUUCUCUUUUAUUAAAAUCAUGUCAUCAGAAUAAAGUUGAGUUUUACCAUAACAAAGAAUAUUAAGGUGUAAAAGAGAAAAAAAGGAAUAAUAAUAAUUUUAGAAGAAGAAGUCGUACAAAGUAAAAAUAAUAUAUGAAUAAAGAUGUAUAUCAAUUUAACAAAUAUUCAUUAUUAUAAGAAUACAAAUUAUUUCCGAGAUGUGUGUUUCUCUCGUCCGUGGCCCUAAAACUAGCAAAACUUCUCGUGUCAGCGAGAUCAGACCUGAACCCUGAUGAUGUCACUGUGAUGUCAUCAGGGUCAGACAUUAAAAAAAAAGAUAUCACACAAUAUAACAUUAAAUCUUUAAAAUAUAAAGAAAAUCCCAAAUAGUCACAGAAAUAUCUGAUAUUACUGCUUCUCAAUAACUUUGUAUUAUUUCUUAUAUUCACUCCAGAUUUAAAAGACUUAAUCUCAUAUCUCAAUAUGAAAUCAUUUUAAAACCAGUAAAUCUCAGCUGAAAGAGGAAAUAACUUCCGGUGAUGACGUUCAAUUUAUGAUUAUUAAAUGACGCAUGUUGAGGGUAUGAAGUUUAUUUGUUUCCAGCAUGUUGAUUAUCAGGGAAUGAUUUUUAAAUUGAGGGAUAAAAAUGUAAAAAAAACUUUUAUCCUCCUGCGUACAUUUCAAAAUAAAAGUCACUGGAGUCCUUCGCCACAACGUCAGAACCCGAUCAGUUUGUUUUCGUGGAUACUGUGUAUCCAGCAAUUAGCCUGUUGUAACAUACGAGUUUAGAUACUUCCCCCUUUUUCACACCUCUUUUCAAGGAACGCUUUAUCUGACACAUUAAUGUUCUUAGCGAGGAAAAAAAAAAGUCUGAAACGUUUGAUAUAAUAAAUGCUUUAAUUCAUUUUAUAUGUCUUUUAUAUGAAAUAGCGAAAAAAAUACAGGAUCGUAAUGGCGCCCCCCUGUGGCCACGUGUGUCAGUGCGAGUGUGGUGCAUAUCAAACAUUCAGUGUGGUCGGGCGGAGAUCGCGAAUCAAAGAGAAGAAAGAACGGAGAAUCUCCUUUAUUUAAAAAAAGAAAAAUAAUCUGCUUCUGCUCAUCUUUCCGUCGUCUUCGAGGUUCACGUCGAAACGGCCUCUUGCUAAUCUCUCGUUUGUUUGUGGAGGAAAGAAAACGUGUUCUCCACGUCAGAUAUCAACGUUUUUUCUGAACAUGUGCUAGAAGGAGGACAGUUCUUCACGUGGUUCGGUUCCACGUGGCCGGAAGCCUCUCUCCAUCCCGAGAAGGGACGAGUGCUUCUGGCAGCGUUUGGGAAACUUGAGUUCUUUCCACCACGUGACGUUUCCCCAGCCGAGCGCCACCGGGCCGUGCCACAGCACCGUUCUGUUGACAUGGUCGUGUUUGUACCUUGUGCCUCUACGAGCUCCGUCCUCUGCUGUUCCUCAUCCAGACUCUUCUUCUGUCUGUUUCCUGCUCAGUCCCUCACUAGACUUUUCUACAAAAAGGCCAUUUCUUUGUAAAUACACGUGUUCGGAGCAGCUAUGACUAACAAAGAUAAGCAAAGCAACAAAAAUGAUUUAAUAAAUAUUUCU